UUGUUAGUUUCCGGUCGGAGCUGUAUCCCUUCUAGCCACCAUCAUUUACCUUGUCAUUGCGUAGGUGAAACACAUCCAACUGUUCCGUUUCCGCUGAGGGAUGUUUGCAAACGAAAUCACAUUCGACCUAAGAGGAUAAAAUACGACUUUAAAUUAGCGGUGAAAGUAAAUAAUGGCUCCUCAACCCGUCAUCCGAUCAAGACAGACAGAAAAAACAAUAAAUGGAAUCCCAACUCAAGUUGUCUGCACGGAAUUCAGCAACUACAUUUUUAUAGUUUUGACACAGUACGGUAAAAUUGGGACACUUGUGUCCAUAACACCUGACACGAGGUCUGGUGAGAUCAGCCUGCCCUUGUUCACUACUAGAGUACUGCUGGGAAAGGAUGAGCCUCUUACACAUGUCUACGCCAAGAAUGUUGCAAUGUUUGUCUCGCAGGAAUCGGGCAACCGACCGGUCCUGUUGGGCCUUUCACUUAAAGACAACAGUGCUGAAACUAUGAAAAACGUUAAAGAUAUGAUCAAAGCCUGCCAAGUUUGGUAAACAGGCGGUUACAUGGAAAACUCACUUUUUCUGGAUGAGGAAAAUGACGUAUAUGCACAAUUUUUACAAUGUAAAUCUUGACUUGUCUGUUAUGAAUUUAGACACUUGUGCAGAGAAAGGUCUUAUGUGCUGUUGCUAUUGCACUGCUUGAAAAGCUUGAAUUUUAAUAUUAAAAUUAAAGAGUACUGUUCAAGAUCA